AUGCCACUAUAUCGUCGUGGCCCAGGCUUGGGCUUCUCAGGACCUGCAGGACUUGAAUGGCCACACUCGUACGAAUCAUCAUCAGACAACAUUGCAACCUCUAUGGAAUUGGAUCUCCGUCUUUUUUCCUCGUACUUUGUCGUGGCUGAGUCGCUGGCGACCUUUUUGGGCUAUCGCAUCGCACAGCAUUGUAUUCGUGGCUGUCCGGUGUAUUUCCUAUCACCGUCGCAGCGUAUGUGGAUUGGUUUUUUCUACUGUUGGCUCAAGAUUCGAUUGAUUGACUAUGCUUUUCACGGCACCGCGUACUACACCAUGUCCCUUUGUAUCAUGGUCGUGUACUUUGUCUAUGCAUUGCUGGCCUUUGGCUUUCACUUUGGUCCGCUACAAUUUCUCUUUUUCGACUACAUCCCUAGGAGCAAGAUGACGCAGAGUUUACUCUACAAGUUGGCGAUCUUGUGCAAAAAAGUCUCGGCUCGUAUCGAGUUUUACGUGUUGCAGCAGCUUAUUUGCUCCCCGCCGAUAGAGACACGCAACAGAGAUGCAAUGACGUCGUCUUUAAUCACCACGAAUCCAUUGGAACAUCUCGACACUGUGGCCUCACCACAACGAAUCGAUGGUAAAUCUCGGGUCACAUCCUUUUUUGGGCGAGAGGUGGAUGUCAGCAUUAAACUUUGGAACAGUUCCAUGUGUCAGCAGUGGGCCAUAGCAUUAAGUUCUGCUGCUCGCUCUAAUGCUUCACGAGUUCGUGUAAAAGAUGCAGGCGUUGUCGCACUUGCUGACAACGUCUUUGAAUGCCGGUUCAUGUUUGUCAUGCAGCAUGACGGCCUGUUGCUAGGCUUCUUUAUGACGGCUCCAACGGCGACGCUGAUGGCGAAGUUCAGGGACGGAAAGGCUGUGCCAUUCGAGCUGCUGCAGCGAUUUAACUGUUCCCGCUCGGCGAUAGCAACCGCCCAGCCACUGUUUUUGUAUGCGGAAAGUCCGAGAUUGGUGGGACGAGCAACACCAGCUCAAAAGAAUGCCGUUUACGCGCUACUGUUGCAGCUCAACAGCGCUCAUGGCAACACGGCCGAUGUGCCUCUUCGCGCUCUACGCGGCAAAAACUUCGUGGAUGCUGGUGUCGGCCAGGUGGUGAAGAAGAAGGCACGCCAAACGGGCACGUUCAGCAACCUGGAUCGAUGCUAA